AUGGCCACACCUGCUCCUCCAGUGUCAUUUUCCUCUACUAAAGAGACCACCAAUUAUGCAAGACUUUGUCGUCUUCUGGUUGAUGUGGGAUCUUGUGUGCUACGGGACACAUUUGACAGGAUUAAUCCCCCAAGGGACCUUCACAAACACUUGGUGGCACAUCACACCAAACUUCAGCAACUUCAAAAGAAAAAAGUCUUAAAUCCAACACAAUGGGGAAAGUUAUACCCUGCAAUACGUACCUCAGUAUCAUCAAAAAACUUUGACAUAACUCUUCUGACAGUUCUACUGAGGAACAUUUGUAGCCUAAGUCCACCAGCCACUGGAUGGGAUGCACUUCCACCUGCCACAGAUAUGAGCACAGAGGCCGACAUUGCCCGAGUUAAAUACUUUAGAAAUACGGUUUAUGGCCAUGCUAAGAAGGCUUCUGUGGAUGAUGCUACAUUCAAUGUGUAUUGGCAAGACAUCAAAGAUGCUUUAGUGAGACUUGGAGGACCUGUAUAUGGAGUGGCAAUUGAUGAUCUUAAAAAUGAGUGCAUGGACCCUGUAUUUGAAGAAUACUACAGAGAACUUCUAAAGGAAUGGAAAAGAGAUGAUGAUAACACCAAAGACAAACUGGAUGAGAUUCACUGGAUGCUUAAAGAACAAAUGAAAGCUCCAACAAAG